AUGGCAGAUUUUGGGUGCUUGAACCCUGACAUUACCUUUAAUGUCCUCUCCCGACUGCAAACGAAAGAUUUGCUGGGAUUGAAAUGUGUCUCUAAAGGAUGGCACCGCCUUAUAUCUGAUCGCUCUUUCAUCCAGGCUCAGUCACAAAAGAAAGAGCCAUUGUCAGGAUUCUUCUUCCAGCAGAGGUACCCGGAUUGUUAUGAAACUUCUGAUGACAUAAAAACUAUCACCUAUAUUCCUGUUGAAAGGAAAGGAUUGCAGCGGAAUGUCUUUGCUUUUCGCCGUCAGUAUGUCGUGGUGUUAGCAUCAUGCAAUGGGCUACUUUGUUGUCGAAGUUGCUUCCCCUUUGAAGAUCCAGCUAUCUAUGUCUGCAACCCUUUGAACAGUGAUUGGUGGAAACUGGAUUGGAAGGAACCUGACAAAGAAAGCUUCAUUGCUCUGGCGUUUGAUCCCUUCCAGGAUUUUUCUGUCAAUUCGACAAAUUUCAAGGUUGUUAGACCAAGGAAGUUGGAGACUGAGAAGGGGAAGCAUACUCAUUUGAAAUAUAUACCUCAAAGACAAGGAAUUGGAAGCUAUCAGAAGAGGUUUGCUGCUAAUGGAGGUGUUUUUAUUGGAGGGAUCUUACACUGGCUCACUGAUGGUGGCCAAAUUCUGACUUUUAAUGCAGAGAAUGAAACAGCUUUGCUGAUUUCAAUUCCACUACCAGCUGGAGAGUUUAAUUGUACACGUCAAGCUUGCAUUGGAGAAUCUGAAGGUCGACUGUCUUAUGUAUCGGUCCCUGAAGGACUUCGCGUAUGGUUUCUUGAGGAUUACUAUGAUUCUACUUGGUCUCUCAAGUACUCCAAAACUCUUGCGCUGAUGGAAACGGAACACCCGGGAAUCAUGUUCGAUUUAUACGAUGGAAUGAUGCACUGGCUGAGAAUUGAUCAUAGCCCGUGGUGGGAUCCCUUGGCUUUCAAAGACGGGGUCUUAGUAGUAAGGGUAUCCAGUACCAUCUACUUAUAUCAUGUUGAGGCUAGCAAGAUGGAGGAAGUUUGCGAGACUUCAGAGCUUGGUCCAAUUUCCGGGGGUGAAAAGGCCUGA